AUGGCUGAAGACAUUUUGAUUCGACUUCAACAUCGUUCCAAUAAUCCUGCAUUGCUGCUGACAUUGGAAAUGUAUAAUGAAGCCUUGAUAAUGAUCGAAGAUUUGUACCUUACUAUUGCAAAUAAAGGAUUGACUCAACCAAAUCGUCCAAUGCAUGAUUUAUUUGAACGAGAAUUGCAACGCGAACAGCAAUUCGAUCGUGAUGAAUUGCGUGCGUUCGUGCAAACGUAUACUCCACAGUUAAAUGAUCAACAAAAAGAUGCAUAUGACAAAGUGAUGCAAGCUGUCAAUAACAACACUGGUGGAUUGUAUUUUUUGGAUGCACCUGGCGGCACUGGAAAAACAUUUUUGAUUUCAUUGAUAUUGGCAACGAUUCGGUCGGAACGAAAAAUCGCAUUGGCACUUGCUUCUUCCGGUAUUGCAGCUACAUUACUUGAUGGCGGCCACACAGCACAUUCCGCCUUGAAAUUACCAUUGAAUAUGCAAGCAAUUGAAACACCAACAUGCAAUAUGUCAAGGAGUUCUGGAAUGGCUAAAGUCUUGCAACAAACAUCGAUUAUUUUAUGGGACGAAUGUCCAAUGGCCCAUACAAAAUUUUUGGAAGCCUUAAGUCGAACAUUGCAAGAUUUGAGACAGAGUCAACAGCUGUUUGGCGGUGCAUUAAUAUUGUUAUCUGGUGAUUUUCGUCAAACGUUGUCUGUUAUUCUGAGAUCAACACCAGCUGAUGAAAUUAAAGCAUGUUUGAAAAGUUCAUUUUUGUGGGCACACGUACAAAGGCUUUCGUUGACGACCAAUAUGCGUGUGCGUCUUCAAAAUGAUUCAUCAGCACGUGAGUUUUCAAAGCAAUUGCUGAAGAUUGGCGAUGGAAAAAUUGCAAGUGAUCAAAAUGGGUUUAUCAUGUUACCGAAUAAUUUUUGCAUAAUUGUAUCAUCAAACCAAGAACUCAUUGAUCGCGUUUUCCCAAAUAUUGUUAAAAAUCACAAUAACCAUGAUUGGUUACGAAAACGUGCAGUUUUAGCACCAAAAAAUAUCAAUGUCAAUAAAAUCAAUUUCCACAUCCAGGAAAAAUUGCCAGUUGAUUCGGUAACGUAUAAAUCCAUUGAUACUGCUAUGAAUAAUGAAGUCGCAGUCAAUUAUCCGGUCGAAUUUUUAAAUUCUUUGGAACCACCAGGCAUGCCACCGGAUAAUUUGAAUUCGAAAGUUGGUUCAUCGAUUAUACUUCUCCGAAAUCUUAAUGCACCGAAACUUUGUAAUGGAACGAGACUUUCAGUGAAAAAAUUGAUGCCAAACUUAAUUCAAGCAACAAUUCUCACUGGCAGAGCAAAAGGUGAAAUUGUACCAAUACCGCGCAUUCCAUUAAUACCAACGGACAUGCCAUUCGAAUUUAAACGUCUUCAAUUUCCUGUUCGGCUACCGUACACAAAGCCCAAGGGCAAACGCUCCAGGUGUGUGGAGUUAAUUUAG